AUACCAUUUUCUUGAACAAACUGAAUAUUCUGAACAAUAAAAACUCCAUCAAUGAAUCCAGAAAGCAACAAUAACAACAGCCAAACAAAUCCCAGAAAAAGACCAUUAGUAGAAGAACCUAACAAUGAUAAACAACCAAUAACACUAAAUUCCAUGGUGGUAGCCAUUGAUCACAACAAUCUCUUUUACACAGUCUGUUCUAUAUGUGAAAAGACUCUACCUGAACCUUCUCCAAAUACCCAUAUCCCCAAUUCUUCUUCUUCAUCAUCAUCUUCAAUACCCUUUUGCAAAAAUUGCAACUUUAACUCUGCUUCUUAUGGUUCCAAACGCCUCUUUCGUGUUCUUAUGUCGAUAGCUACUGAGAAAAGAGUGGUUGUGGUGAUAAUGUUUGAUAGGGCGGCUAGGGUUUUGUUUGGUUGUUCUGCUGAUGAGUUCUUUGAUUUUGCCAAGACUCACCCUUUUGCUGCCGCGUCUGCCGGUAAUGCUUUGGAGGGAGAGAUGUUGAAGAUCACCUUGUCCCAACCAAAGAAUGGAAAUGCACGACAUCUACGAGUGGUAUCAGUUUUUCCAUUGCGGACAGGUUUUCAGCCUGUGAUCGAGACCUUGAGGGAACUAUAUCGAGCAAGAGGCGGUUCAUAGCUAUUGCAUUCAGGUGUUUGUGUGUCAAAUGUUCUUUUGAGCAGCCUUAAUGUUUGUGUACAUCUCCAUCGUUCAAUUGACAAAAAGAACAUGAAUGCAUCUUUUGUUAAAUAUUAGUUUUCUCCUUUAAACACUACUCUGAGCUUAGAAGACCAUGGGGUGCGCUUCCAUUAUUAUAGUUAU